UAUCUGAUUUCCCCUCGUCAUCGGUGCCCUGAAAGUUACCCAGCUGUCUCACUCACUCACACUGACACCUGCCCUCACAGUCCCUUACUCACUCACCCCUCUGCUCUAACCACUAACCAUUGGAUCACUGUUAGGAAAGUACCUGCAUAAAGAAUAUCUCAAAAGGGAAGUACCAAUCAAGAGUUUCGGUUUCGGAGGCCUCCGGUGUAAUAGGUUGCUCAUCACACAUGAAAGGAACAUCUCUGAAUCAAAACUGGUGAAGAAAUCCUUUGCCAUACAUCCACAUACCAGAUUCCAUUUCUUCAUUGACUGGACUAGCAACCAGUGGGACCAAGUAAGUCUCAAUUUCAACUAUAUUGCAUUUCUCUGUUUUUAGUGUAUAUGUGUCAUCUGUUCAGUUUUUUCUAGAUAGACAUCAUAUAUUUAAUUGUUCAGUCAGCUUUUAGUUAGAUAGCAAAUUCUUUAUGUUUUCAUUGAGAGGGGACUGAAAUGUCAAAUAUUUAUAAGACUUCUGGUCUAAUAUCAUUGUACUUUUUUCCCAAAUUUCUCAGCUCAUGCCCACAUUUAGCUAUGAUGAGAUUGAGUUACCCUGCCCCAAAAUAGUAGAGUGGACGAGUGUAUGUUUGGGGGGGGGGGGUAUAUGUAUGUCUGUGUAUGCUUGUGUGUGUGGGUAAAUCAUCUUGCCCAUACCUAGUUGUUCUGUUAAUAAUUUUAAAACUUCCACAAAGUAGACCAAAGUAGUCAAGUGUCCCAUUCAAAUGGUUCUCAGAUUGAAGGUGAUAUUGAAAUCCAGUGUUUCUGUUCCCUAAACUGUCUUGUGUCUCAGGUGUGCAGCACUGCAGGACGAGUGUGAGAUCUCCCACACCACGCCAUGGCCCAGUACGACCAGUGAGUCUACUCUUAUGUUGCUGAACUCAAUACACUCUAUGUACAGAAUUUGGAUAGUCCUUUUUAACAGUUAUCCCUGGUUCUGAAUAACACAAUAUGGGAAAGCUUUAGGUAUUAUAUUAUUCAUCGCAAUAAUCAUGUUAAACUUGGUCAAAUUGAAAGCUCAGCCACUAUAACAAUACUAAUGCAAUGUUCACUCUCCAAUACAUUUCAGAUGUCCUUGUUGCUCAAUGUUGCUUAACAAUGUUCUCUGUUUGUUUGUCUGUAUUAGACUGGAAGAUAAACAUUCUGUGGAUAUCCACGAUAACCCCACAGCCCCUGACAAUAUUGUAAAAGAGGAAGACAAUACUGUGAGUAGCAUGUCAGUCUGCCAGUGUUGGUAACACCAUCCCCCAAACAGUUUAGAAUAGCAGCCAACUGGGACACUCAUUAGUUUAAUAUAUGUGAGGCUUCCUGGUCCGCUAUUUCUAUUCUGUUGUUAGCUGACACUGUGGGCUAAACCUAGAGCUUUUUUUAUUGACCACAUACUCUCCAGAAGUAAAAUAAUGUUUAAAAUACUUGUUAAAUGAAAAGCUACUUUUACUUUACUGAUUUACUUAACUGAUGCAAAAACAUUUGUACGUUAUAGAGAACUACCGUGUGGACUUGUCAAUGAGAGGAAAGUAUUAUUUUGACUAGGCUGAUUCUUACCUAUCCAAUCAGUCGUCACUAGGGAGAAGGAAGGAAAGCUGUCUACCACUAAUAGUAUUGAGACAUAGUCGCUCUCUCUGCAGGUAUACUUUAUUUAUGAGGAGGAGGUGGAAGUGGAGGAGAAGGAGCCUGAGCCUGAGCCUGUUGUUAUAUUGGUGAAUGACAAACCACACAAGUUCAAGGACCACUACUGCAAGAAACCCAAGUUCUGUGACGUCUGUGCUCGAAUGAUAGUCCGUAAGUUUAACAUUGACCACAGUCGCUCUUGUAUUUAUUAAUAGUAUCUGUAAAGCUUAAUCAUACUGACUAGCAUCUUACUGGAAAUAUUUUCAACCUUUCAGUCAACAAUAAGUUUGCUCUACGGUGCAAAAACUGCAAGACCAAUAUCCACCACUCAUGCCAGUCCUAUGUUGAGUAUCAGAAGUGCUUUGGCAAAAUUGUAAGACAUUUUCUAUUCAUUAUUUAGAUCACGAUCUGUAUAAUGUCAGAUCAUGAUCAAGUUCAUGUUGCAUGUGGUUGCCAGAAACACAUCAAUUCCUCUACAUAUUCAUAUUGCUGUUUGUCCUAUAGCCCCCAGGUUUCAGACGGGCCUACAGUUCCCCUCUUUACAGUAGUGACCAGACAGAUGCAGGUAAGACACUAACCAUCUCAACAAGCUAAGUGUUCAACAUAUUUUGAACUGUGUGUUCCCGCUGCUGCUUUCUCCUGUCCAGCCCACUCCAACCGUAACGACCCUGUGUUUGACACCCUGCGGGUUGGGGUUGUCAUGGCAAACAAGGAGCGCAAGAAGGGGUCUGAAGACAAGAAGAAUGUGAGUGUGGCACAUAUUAGCCAAAAGAUAAAUUAAUGACGAUAAGUCCCAAUAAUGGUAUCAUUAACUGACAGACAUUUGCAUAGGGAAUAUAAAUUGUAUGUUAACCAUAUUUUCCCCCUUCCAAGAUGAUGAUGAUGAUGAUGGAGGAAGAGGAAUCACAACAACCCAAAGAAGAUGAGCAGGCAGAAGGUAUUGAAAGAGGAUGAAGGAUGUCCAUAUUGAAGCAUGUGAUAAUUCAAGGUGAUGCCAUUUAUGGUUCCAUUGCAUCAACUGUACAAAAAUAUGGUUGAUUUACUUAUAACCACAUAGUUUUAUUUAAACAAAUUGUGCCAUGUGAUUUGAUAUUGGAGCCCAUCAAAGGGAAUGGUAAACUAACUGAAGCAUAAGUGGUUGUUAAGCAGCAUUAAGAACACCUUCCUAAUAUUGAGUUGCACCAUCCUGGCCCAUGUUGAUUUAAAUGCUUCCCACCGUUGUGUCAAGUUGGCUGGAUGUCCUUUAGGUGGUGGACCAUUCUUGAUACAAACGGGAAACUGUUGAGCGUGAAAAACCUAGCAGUUUUGCAAUUCUUGACACAAACCUGAUGCGCCUGGCACCUACUACCAUAUCCUGUUCAAAGGCACUUAAAUAUUUUGUCUUGCCCAUUCACCCUCUGAAUGGCACACAUACACAAUCCAUGUCUCAAUUGUCUCAAGGCUUAAAAGUCCUUCUUUAACCUGUCUCCUCCCCUUCAUCUACACUGAUUGAAGUAGAUUGAACAAGUGACAUCAAUAAGGGAUCAUAACUUUCACCUGGAUUCACCUGGUCAGUCUAUGUCAUGGAAAGAGCAGGUGUUCUUUAUGUUUUGUACACUCAGUGUAUGUACUGUAUGUCAACCUUUUCCCAGACAAAACAGAAUGGCAUACAGUACAGAACCCCAAAAAAAUAUCUUACACUGAAUGUCAAGGAGGUACAUAAAAUAUUUGUAAUACUGGGUAUAUUGUUGAGGAGUUCACCAUUGUUGUAUUGAAACUCUAUAAAGACCUUGUGUGAUGUGUUUGUAGGAAAGCCAGAAGGGGAUAAGAAGGGAGACAAGGCUGACAAAGCAGAUGACAAGGUGAUAUUAUGCAUACACUAACCAUGUAAACAUCAAUAAUAACACCCUGUCUGGUACAUCAAUACAAUUAGUAGACAAACAUCGGUGUAUGUUUGCUACAGAAAAAGAAGGAGAUGGGAAACAUGGGAAAUCAGUCACAUUACUACCUGGCUCUGUACCGCUUCAAGGCCAUUGAGAAAGAUGACCUUGACUUCCAGUGAGUUUACGAAAAUGUUUCCUUAUAUUGUAUGAAUGCCAUUUUAUGUCCAAUAUUUCAGUCUUGUGAAACAUUUUAUCAAAUUUCAUACAAAUAUACAAACCUUUGUCUGUCUUUCAGUCCUGGUGAUCGAAUCACUAUAAUUGAUGACGCCAAUGAAGAAUGGUGGAGGGUAAGUGUUCCUGAAAAAAUGAUCAAGCAAGCUGACAAUGAUCAAAACUAGCAAUGGCUCGACCAACUCAUUGGCUGUACUUUCUAUUUUAUUGUCAACAUCGUAAAUAAGGCUUAUUUUCUAUUUUCAGGGGAAGAUUGGUGAGAAGACAGGUUACCUCCCCACCAAUUACAUCAUUAGAAUAAAAACGGGAGAGAGGGUGUUCAAGGUGACACGCUCCGUUGUGGGAAACAGAGAGAUGGGACAGAUCACUCUAAAAAAAGACCAGGUAAGAAACAGGUGUGUCUCUGUUUGUCAGACCUGGGUGAAAUACUAUCACAUACUUGAAAGUACUGUAAUUUAGGUGUGCUUUAUGUGUCUAUUAAAAUAAUGUUUUGAGUUUUUCUUUGUUCAGGAAACUGAUUUCAACUCAUGAGCAGUAUGGAUUGGUGUGUGCAUGUGGACAGUGACUCUAAUGACGGUUGCUACUGUGUGUGUGUGUGUGUGUGUGCCUGGUCAUCUGCAACAAUUACUGUACCUAUGUGGAGCCACAGCACCUUCCUCCAUUCUCUUUGUGUUGUGUUGCAGAUCGUGGUGAAGAAGGGAGAGGAGGUGAAUGGCUACCUGAAGGUCAGCACCGGCCGCAAGCUGGGCUUCUUCCCCGCCGACCUGCUCCAGGAAAUCUGAACCUUACCGGAUCACAACCACAACCAUAGGACUUGGGUCACACCGUCACUAGGACCAUAACCACACAAUGAAUCAAACCCAGUUCCAGGAAACACACAUGACCAGGCACAGCAUUUGUAUACGACCAGUCUAGCGCCACUGUAAUUUUCCACCUGUAGGGGGCUGGGUCUGAUCUGGUGAGUCUGUAAGCUGUUUGAGGGCUGUAAAGGCUCAGAGAGGGGAAGGGUAUUGAGUGUAACCUAAUACUGCAGCCUCCCCAGCCUGUUGAACUGGGUCAGCUGACCAUGCAAUCCGAGCUGGAUGGAGAAAUGUGUUAGGUAGGACCGUAAAUGUGUGUGGUGGGCAUUUAAAACGUUAACAUGUUUGUGUCAUUUUAAUGUGAUUAAAACUGGACAACCUUAAACUAGAUCUUCAGCAAGUUUCAAAAGGCAAAGGCUGUAACCACUGUAAGUAGCUAGGAUUUGUACAUUAUUUUUGUUAUGCAUUCAAACAAAAUUAUAUUUUGGAGGCUAUUGCUUACUGUCAUUGUAGUAGUUCCUUGCUUUAAUAUACAGCUGAAAUACUAGUGCUUAAUUUUCCCCUUGAUGUAAAUGUUAAAGGGACCUUGUUAAAGUGCAUGUUGUCAUGUCUUUGCAUGGGCCUGUCUUUUAUAAUCAUUGCCAAAACAAUGUGCUGUGUAUUUGAGGAGUUUAUAUAGAGCAAUAGCCUAUGUAAGCCUAGUUGACACACCGACCCACAUGCUUUUGCCUAUCAUUGAUGCAAGAUUGUAACAUUACACUACAGUCUUUUGUAAUUCAUUUUCUAUUGAAAUACUAACA